UCACUGACAGCGCAUUGCAAACACCAAACUCUCUGCGUCUUUUGAAUAUGGGCACAGUGUGUUGUGGUUGUUCGCCUGGCGUUUAGGCUCAUCUGGGCUGCGGAUGAACAGUUUAAAUAGCUCCAUCUAUGAGGGGAUCCGUGCUUGUUGUUCAGGUCUCUUUCUGUUAACUAACUUGGAGCCGCCGGAGCGACACUGACCAUGGUUCCCGUUUGCGCGUUUUAACGCACCGACAGUGGCUGGUGACAGCGCAGCCGCUCAGAGUGCGUCCGCGGCUACCUGGACAAAAGAUUUGGAUUAAGACUAAUGAACUGGGGAUAACAAUCUCCAAGGGACCGUUUACAGGACCGACUUAUUGUCUCGCUGUGGGAUUUGUGUGUGUGCACCUCAAAGACGAUGUCUGUCCGGGGAUACUUGGUCGCUUUUUCCAAAUGCACACUUCUUCUCUCUCUGAGGAUUUUGCUUCUUGUGCCUGCAGGGUUGCCCGUCCGCAGUCAGGGGGAUUCUCAAUCCGAUAACAAAGUGAUGGACAACAUUACCGUCCGACAAGGAGAGACGGUCUUUCUCAGGUGUGCACAGGGGGACGUCGUCACACACACAGCAUGGCUGAACCGGUCGAGUAUACUGUAUGCCGGAGAAGAUAAGUGGUCAGUGGAUCCCAGAGUGAGUCUGGUGACCCUAAAUCAAGAGGAGUUUACCAUCAAGAUUGAGAAUGUGGACAUGACAGACGAGGGGCAGUAUGUGUGCGCAGUCCAGACAAGCAGUCGACCAAGAACCACCUCAGUGCACAUCCUCGUCCAAGUGCCACCCAAAAUCAUCAACCUGUCGAAGGAUAUUGUGGUAAAUGAAGGCUCCAAUAUCACCCUGUUGUGCCAAGCCAGCGGUAAACCAGAACCUUCCAUCAGUUGGAAGCUCAUCUCCUCUUCAGGGGACCUGGCAUCAGACGACGAGUACCUGGAAAUCCCAUCAAUCUCCAGACAGAGAGCAGGGACAUAUGAAUGCACAGCUGUCAACGAUAUUGAUACAGAUGUGCAGACUGUAGACAUCACUGUCAACUAUGCUCCAACUGUGUCAGAGGGCAGAGAUGUUGGAGUGACUCUAGGCCAGAGAGGAGUACUGGAGUGUGAGGCUGAUGCGGUGCCCGAGGCAGAUUUUGAGUGGUAUAAAGAUGACAGAAGGAUCUUCAGUGGUUUUGAUGGCAUGGAAAUUGUCAAUACUGGAUCACUGUCUAAGCUGACUUUUUUUAAUGUGUCUGACGGAGAUUAUGGUAACUACACCUGUGUUGCCAUAAACAAACUUGGGAACUCAAACACAAGCUUUCUUCUGUAUGUGGUAAUUGAACCCACUAGCUCAACGCUAUUGCAAGGACCGAGAGCAGUUCAGGAUGGCAGCGGCGGUGCAAUGGGAGUGCACUCACACACCUGUCUCCUCUUCGUAGUGUUUCUGCCCUUCCUGCUCAGAUUUUGAAGAGGAAUGGAAUUGAACACAAGUGUUUUGUGUGUCUGUGUGUGUGUGUGUGUGUGAGUGUGAGUGUGUGCGUGCGUGCGUGCGUGCGUAUGUGUAUUUUUUUUUUUCCCCAACCGGAACCAUAAACUGAUGCACACUGAGUGCAUGAAAUCUCCUGCAACGUAUUGAUGUUGACCCACUAAAUAAGUACGUAAUAAGUUUCUGUUGGGUUUUUGUUUGUUUGUUUUUCUGUUUAGAUUUCAAGGAUGUAACAAAUGUUUCACCUUUAAAUUGAAUUUUAUUGGAUAUUUUUGUCACUAAAUUAUAUUAUUCUGGAUUAGCUCUUUUUAUGUGUACAUCUAAAGAAAAAAAGAUUUUCUAAAAGUGAUUUCUCUUAUUCAAAUGGGUUUGUCUUAAUUUUUAGCCACAUUGCGUAGUCAUGUCAACUCCAAGAAAAGGCACAUAUACAGCAAGUAUGAGAGGUGAAUGUUAAAUACCUCAAAGUCAAACUGAGACAGUGAAGCAGAAGGAAUUUAGGUUACCCCGAGGCUGAAAGCCUGGUAUUAUCAUAUUUUAAUGUAUAAUAAUUAUCAUUCAGUCUGGUUGUUGAAAGCAGAAUUGUUUUUGACCUUCAAGUGUUUUCGUUCUCAGCAUUAUAGUGAUAUACUUGCAGUUGUGUUAUGCUAAUCUUUAUAACUUUAUUUUUUCAAUUAUGUUUAGUUUUAAAUAUUUUUGACAAGGGAAAAUAUGAAGCUGUAAUUAUCUAGAACAAAUACCCUAAUUUCCUGUCUUUCUUUUUGUUUGUCUUUUUUUUCUUAAUUGGUACCAGUUGUGUGCAAAAAUGGUGUCAAGAACAAUUAUGUUAGAGUUAAGUAAUUAGAAAUAGAGGGAAAGUUAACUCCAUGUUGUGUGGAGUCGACAUCUGACUUAAAUAAUGCGGAUUUAUUAAUGCUUUUGCUACUUGUUUGAACAUCAUGCAAUUUAUACAUGACACCGUUGUCUGAGAAAAUGUUCUUGUUCAUGUUCCAAGCCAGCACAUGAGGGUUAGAGACCAAUCAAUAAGAUCAUGUUAACAGAAAAUAAAUACUUGUUGCAUGCAUUUAGACACAAAUAACCCAAAGACUUUAGCAGUUUAUACAAUUACACAAUUCACAGAAUUUCUGUCUUGUCUCAACACCAAACAAAACACACUUUUUCCAUGGACAUGUUGCGUUUUAACAUAAGUGGGGAUAAUUUUGAGGGGACAAAAAUCAUCUGAAACGAUAGAUACCUUUAAACCAAAAUGUACAGUGUGUGAUUCAGACUGUGAGAUGUCCAUCUGAACAUGACUUGUCUUGCUCUUACUGAAACAGGGCUUACUGUACAAUAUGCGAGGAAAAUUGCAAUAACAGAGACUGAUCAGAGGUCUGAGCAAAAAGGCCACAACUGUUCUUAUCAUUGCCAUAUAGCUUGCAUUAUCAGAAAAUACAGGAUAUAAGAGAAAACAAGAAAAUUAUAUCUCUGUUUCAUUAUGGACAAAGAUCAAUGCGGACGGAGGGCCACAGGCAUUAGAAGAGGCAGCAAACAAACGACACCUCUGUUCCCACAUUUUGUUGUGAGCGUGAGGAUUUUAUGCAACAAUCAGUAACCUCUCACAACGCAACAGCUAGAAUUAACACAGUUCAUUUAUCUUUAUUCAUCUUCUACGAGUUGAAAAGUAACUUGCACCACAUCCCAGGAGGCUACCCUCAACCCCCUGAGUGACAACAGUAAAAAUGUGGUGUUUACUGGGCUACUGGCUUUGUAAUGAGGAAGAGACGUCAUGCAUCUCUUGCAAAAUGCUGUUUGUUUUUCUACGCUGCCAGUUUCUAUAAGAGCUGUACUCCAUACCGUUUGGCAUUUUUUACAAUUCCAUUAACAUGCCAUCAAACAGGAACUGUGGAUUAAAACUAAUUAGUGUGUGUGUCUGUUUAGUGUCGGGGCAAUGGUGCAGUUCUUAGGAUCUCACAACUCUGACAGAGUGUGUUUUCACAUAUGGUUAUUUUUAGAUUAGCCCCAAAAGAAAAAAAAUAUGUGCAACAGAAGCGACAAUAUCUGCUCUUUUCGUGUGCAGCUUUUACUCCCCUAAAUAAAAAGAUUUUCAAAAAUGAUCUUUUUUCCAUGGUUUACAUGGGCUCUGGUGAGGACCUAAUACAUCAAUCGCGUACACCUCUGUUUUUCUUUUGAACUCAGCCCCUUUGUGGCUCUCGGGGAUGACAGGUUUUGUGCUCCUUGUUGUGAAAAAAAGCCAAUAACCAAAUCAAAGAGGCAUGAAACAGAUAGGGCCAUUAUUGAAAUUGAUCAGGGUAAUCAUCAGCUGAAUCUGACAGGCUAAUCAUGGUUUGUUUUCACACACGAGACAAAGAGAAAGAGGGAGAUUGCAGGCUAUUAUUCAUCUCCAGCACAGUGAUGUUUGGAAAUGACAUGGUAAUUAUUCCAUCCUGGCUCGAAAGAUGGCACAACUGAUCUCACGUCUAUCCUGCACAGUCACUUUGCCACAAGAUUAACCACAUUUAAGAUGAACUCAAGUCAGAUCACCUCCCAGGCAGGUCUGCACUGAGCUCCCUUAAGAAGUGUCCAUGUCAAGCAGCUGCCUUCAGCAUUGAACAAACAAUCACAGCCUUUAAAGUUACCUUAAGGGUUAAAAAGAGUUGUGUGUAUGUGAAAACAACUUGUGUAAUAUUUCCCCUAGAAAUAUCAAACAAACAUACAACUCACUUCCUCCCUUUAACAUACAAACAGUAAGACAGUUUAUUAUAUCCACUAUUUCUGGCAGCACACAUUGUAAAACCUGGUUCAUUUAUUUUUUACGAGUCCCCAAAUAUGUUACAUCCCUGAGAGCUAGAUGGUGAGGGGAGUAACAAUUGUAAAGAAAAAAUAAGAACAGGUAAUGAGGCUGGAAAAUUGAUCAUGUAACAGAAAAAUUAUUUAUUUACAAAAACUUUGAAAACCAAAAUCCAACAUGAGGCGAGCUUCUUUAACACAAAGCUGAUCCCACUAUCACAAAGUCCUUUAAGCACCACAGUCUUGGCUUUAGCAGAACAAUAUGACACCGAGUCAGUACACUAGUAGCUGAUCUGGCCCACUGGCAACGAUGAUCUGGGUGGCUCAGCUUUUAGCCAUCCCUGGUGAAUUGUAAGGAGCCACAGGUGCACCUGGCCAGGCCUGGCCAGGCGUAAUCUGGGAAAAAGGGUAGAAAACAGAAAAAAGAAAAAAAAAAUAAACACUACCUACCCUACCUACUCACAGAUACACCCCAAGGAACGAAACAAUCUCUAAACAGUUGUUCACCAAUAUUUUCCAGUUAUUUAUUGGCACAGCAAUUAUCACCCCAGAGUAAUAUUUAUUUCUGGUUGGGCAUUUGUUUGUCCACAGAAGGGAAUUCACACAGCAGUGCUGUCAGUACUGUUUCUCCAGCACUCCAUCGGUUUGUGAAAGGUCAGUGCAGACAGUUGGAUGUUUUUAGACGUGCUUUGUCCUUAAUAAUUCUGAUAUUGGGUUUUUUGAUUAUGUUCAGGACAUAAUAUCGAAUGCAGUACAGUAUAAUUUGUCCAGUCAAGCACACUAACGCUGAGAACAAACCCAUUUAAGUGCUUAGAUAUAUACAAACCAGCAGGGCUACUCUCAAAAUAUAACAUUCAUCUGUUUUUUUUUUCUUUUUUUUUUAUGCUUAACCUGAAUAUAUGAGGUGGUUCUAUAGCUGGCAUCACCUAAUAAUCCACCUAGUAAUAUCAUUGCUAUAUGGUUUCUGUGGCAGUGAUUCAGAGUUGAGGCUGCGCUGAGUACGACUGACUUCAAACCAGAACUGUGAACCUAUUAUCAGGUUGAUUUAAGAACCUCACCAAUUGGCAAUAUCAAACAACAGCAGUUUAUGAGGUCUGUUGUCAUAGAAAAAUGUUAAACUGUAGAACACGGAGCUAAAGUAAGUGCACAGAAGGAGUGAGGAGUCUGAUCUGUGAUCUUAGAAUAUUCUGCCUUUUCAGUGGAGAUGGAAAACUGUCAGUGCCGAACAGAUCACAGUUGGAAAUUCCGCUAGAUCACAUUUCCUAAACUUUUGGCCUUGGUCUGUACCAUGUAUAGCUGAAAGAAAGGCAUAAUCUUCAUUCCCCUGUUCUCAAAUCCCUGCUGUUCCAAAUGUGUAAAAAGAGAAGCAUGUAGAGAAAACUGCCUCUUUAAAGGCUUAAUUUGGAUUGCUUUCUGACCUGAGGCCUUUUGUAUUACUUAGCGCCAGUGUUCUAGAUGCAUUAUAGGCACUGGUAGCCUCAAGGUUAGACAAGCUGGCUUGCAGAGUUAAAUAAACACAAUCACAUUACAUUUAGUGAGACAAUGUAAUGUUUUGUGUUGCACAGCAGAGCUAUUUACUAUGAUAUGGCUCAUUUAGUUGAGAAAACUCCAGUAAGCUCUCAGCUGGUCCCCAUAUUGUCCUGUUGUUCACUGGACUCAUCCUCAAAUGCACAACUUAAGGGGCUGUACAGUCAUGAACAAAAGUUUACAUGCACUUGUAAGACUAUACAUAUGGCAGUGUUGAAUUUCCAGUGACUCCUACAGCUAUUCAUUUUGUCUUCUUGGAACAUCCAGCUCCCUUCAAGACUCAACCUUCAGGAUCAUGAUUGUAGAUUUUUUUUUUCUCUGAAGAAAGUGGUAAUCCUCCUUCUUCGUUAUUCCGUUUACUAUGCACCCUAGGGCAUAGUACCCUGUUUGUAAGUAUGUAUGGUGAUGGUGCUCUUGUGGUUAAACGUCAAUCGAGUCUUUUUUUUGACCGCCACAUUGUAGCGUUUAUGUGUGAGCCUGGUGAAUGCAUCAAAUGGACCUUAUUUGAAUUGGCUCAGGGGAGUCACCAGCUAUAGCAAAUUAUAAUUACUCACAAAAAAUUAAGAGGCUCUCAUACGAAGAUAAUUUUUACAACCUAACAGUCUACAUCAAGGAAAGGAACCAAAAUUUAUUUGUUGUGACAAAUACACAUAGGUUUUAAUAAUUCUGACAGAAAAUUUAAAGUUGUACGAGUCAUUGAAAAUACAAGUCUGCCAUGAUAUACAUGGUCUUUGCAAGUGUAUGUGAACUUUUGUUCACGACUGGAAGUCUCACACAGUGUGAUGACUUCAGCUCUUUGCUAAAUACAGGAACACUGUGUUUAUGAAACCUGUCAAUUAAAAGUUGAAAGCUGAAAUUGAUUAUUUCUUACCGUGCUGUACGCUUCCAGCAGCUGCAUAUAACAUGCAUCACGGUCUGACAAACUGAACCCAGCAGGUGCUGACAUACCUAUUUCAAUGGGAAAGAAGCAGCUCCCAUAAUUGGAAAUAAUUCAUCAUCUCGUAUACAAACAGUCAUACUGCAGUUUCCUUUUGUGUGGCAUUAAAAGCAAAAAAGUCAGCCUCUCUACUGUCUUGUUAGAGCCGAUGCAAAUGCUUUCAACUCUCACCAAGCAUGACUUUUAAAAAGGAUAUGCAAGUCCUAUUCAAGCAAAACUUAUAAUGAUAAAAUCUAGACAAACUGGAAAGAGGAUCUUGGAAAUACACUGGCAAAAUAUUCCUGAUCCUCCUCCAAAGUUCAUCUAUGAAACCGCACUGAGAAGGCAUGGAUACACAUAACUUUUCCUGUUUUUUUCUGACUUCAUUCAGUCAGUUCUGAAUCACAGCCCGUGAAGGCUUUUAUGAUGGCAGUAGCAUUGCAUAUUUAUGCUGAUAUGACCAAUUUCAUUGUCUGUUUGAAUAAUACACAGGGACUGAAGGACUCGUUCUCUGUCUGAGCCAAAACAAACAUGGGCCCAGUUGGAAGAUGGGCUGAGUGUGGGGAAAAAAGGCUAUGGGUAUAUUUCUUUUAUUUGUCUCCAUAUGUGCAAAGGCAAGAAAGCAGUCUUUGAAGAAAUUUGGAUACCAUUUUCAUUGACUGAGCUUGUUUUGCACCUACCGGAUAGUACUAUUAAUUUUAGGUGUUUGUGACAUUUGUGUAAUUUGCAUCAGAGUCUAGAAGACAUCACUUUGUGAUGUGAACUUUGGUUGAAGAGGAGAAAUCAAACCUUUGUCCCAGUUGUCAGGAAAUUAUCAUAGCAGACGCAUGUCUUAGUCUCACAAUCUGAUUUGUUUUGGAUGACUUACACCGCUAAAAUUCUGCCCUCGGCCACGUUGAAAGUUCCCAGGGCUCUUCUUUAGAUCAGAUUGUUCCCAAAGUGGACACCAUGUUAUUUGACUCUCUGCAUUGUAAAGGAUUGUUGGAUCAUAUGUAUUUUCUCGAUGAAAAGUGUGUGCUCAUAUUUAAGACUGACAAUAAUAAAAUGUUGUAUCUUAA